AUGAUUGAUGCUGCGUCAUCUCCCUCCUCCAUCGCUCCCUACCUUGUCUGGUCGCUGAUGGAAAACCAGGCGGCCACGGACACGCAGGCGGAUCUCGCACCUUCUCGGGCCGCAAUCCUCCGGCGCCGGGCUCCUGCCAAUGUCCUUGCAACCGACGGAUUGCUGUCAGACAAGGAAAUUCUUAAGGCAGCUGUUGAACGUCAUAAGGUGCUUUUAGUAGAAAAGGAUCGGGAGCUAAUUCGUAAAGUGCAAGCUGCCAAAGAGGAAGUUUUUGAAAAAAUUGCAGCCUUACAGGAUGAAAAGUUAGAACUCGAGAACAGAUUAGCUGAUCUAGAGAAGAUGAAACUGGAACAACAUACUUGGAGACAAUCUGAAAAGGAUCAGUAUGAAGAGAAACUACGUGUUGUACAGUUGGCAGAAGAAUCUAGCAAAAAGGAACUUCAGCGUUUGCGAUUAAAAAUUCAACAGCAAGCGAUUCAGACAGAGGAAUUGGAAGAAAAGAAACGUGAAAGUGCUGAUCUGAAGCAGCAAAUGCACGAUAUGCAACUCCAACUUGCCUCACUUGCUCAGUCAGAAAAUAAUUUACUGGAGUCUAAUCAGAAGCUGAAGGAAAUGAUAGAAAGAUUGAAACAAGAAUGUCAACAUGCAAGGACUCAGGCAGAAAAAGCACAACUGGAAACAGAGAAGACUUUAGAAUACAAACGUAUAGAAUGGCUGGAGGAGAAGCAUGUGCUUACUCAGCGUAUCACAGAGAAAGAAGAGAAAUACAACCAAGUGAAGAACAAGCUAUGUCGAGCUGCUCUUGCUCAGAAAAAGAGAAAGACGCUCAAUGAUAAUAAACAAAGGAGGAUGCAAGAGAAACUAGAACUUUUGGAAGCCAAGAUAGAAGAGCUAGAAAAAGAAAAUCAGGUGCUAAAUAGGCAGAAUGUUUCCUAUGAAGAAUAUGCACGCCUCCAGAAGAGACUAAAGGACUUGCAACGUAGACACAACGAAUUCCGGAGUUUAAUUCUGAAUCCUAACAUACCAUCACUCAAUCCAGUCAGUACAAUGUCAUCAUCUGCCUUGCCUCCUGGGCCUGAAGCGUCCUUCCCCCUUCUUCAGGAGGAGCAGCAUCAAAGAGAGCUUUCCGUGCUUCGCAAGCGGUUGGAAGAACUAGAAACCACACAGAGAAAACAGCUGCAAGAUCUUGGACCAUCUAGAGAGCGAGUAAUGGUGGGCGCGUACAGGGACUUGGCUAGAAAAAAGAUCGCUGGAGAAGGCGAUGCACAAAGUGAGGACUCCAAAUAAACUCUGCAAACUCUACGUGCUGUUAGUUUUCAUUAGCUUAUCCUUUGUACAGGCUUUUAAUAUUUUGCCAAAACCAUGCUUGUAUGUGCCUGAAGAGCAUAAAAUAUAUUCUGCA